CCGGUUUCUCAAUAUUACCAUCAUGGCCUUGAAGGGAAUCAAAGUAGUCGAGUUUGCUGGUCUUGCCCCAGGACCUUUCGCAGGUCUUAUUUUAGCAGACAACGGGGCGACUGUCGUUCGAAUUGACAAACCAUUCUCAUCCUCGUCUCCAGAUAUAUUAUGUAGAAACAAACGGUCGCUAGCUAUCAAUCCCAAAACGCGCAGUGGCCUUGAUGUUUUGAAGAAAUUGAUCGCGUCCUCCGAUGUCCUUAUUGACCCCUUCCGGCCAGGUGUGAUGGAACGCCUAGGACUUGGACCAGACGUAUUUUUGGAUACAAAUGGCAAGGUAGGUCUCAAUAAGAAGCUCAUAUAUGCCAGAAUAGCUGGCUUUCCGAGAACCGGGUCUCAUAAAAACAUGGCCGGACACGAUAUCAACUAUCUCGCUCUGAGCGGAAUAUUAUCCAUGCUUCCCGGCAGUCACGAUCGCCCUACCUUCCCCCUAAAUCUUCUUGCCGACUUUGCCGGUGGAGGUUUGAUCUGCGCUCUUGGAAUCAUAUUAGCACUCUUCGAACGCAAUUCAAGUGGUUGUGGGCAAGUUGUUGAUGUGGAUAUGGUGUCUGGUGCCCGAUACGUUUCGUCUUUCCCUCUCAUUCACACCCUCAAUCCAUCUACCGGCACAUUCGCCAGGGACCGCGGUGACAAUCUUCUCGAUGGUGGUGCGCCGUUCUAUAACAUUUAUCCGUGUAAAGACGGCGCCUGCAUGUCGGUGGGGUGCUUGGAGCCCCAGUUCUUCAAGACCUUCAUCGAGCACUUCGUCAAGGCGCUUCCCAAUGAUUUCAAGCAACAAUACAGAUGGAACCCCGAUCCUUUCAUUCAAUUUGAUCGUGAUGCUUGGCCCAAACUCAAGAAUUUCUUGGAACUCGGUUUCAAAACAAAGACUCGUGAUGAAUGGGCCACAGUGUUCAUGAACACUGACGCAUGUGCAAUACCGAUACUUACUCCUAAAGAAUCAAGUAAGGUAGAGGAAUUUGGGCAACAAUCUGUACCACUUCCUCACCCCAGAAUUCUGAGUAAAAAACAGAACACAACAACAAUGGUCAUCGAUUCAGAUACAAUCGAGCUUCCGCCUGGACAGCAUACUGAGGAGAUCCUCGAAGAGCUUGGACUUACGAAUAGUGAAUAUCAAAGGCUGGUGCAGGACGGUGCGAUAGAAGUUUCGAGAUCCAAAUUAUGAUUGUGUAGCCCAGUACACAGCGUUGUAGAUUUCCUAUUCAAUGGCAA